CUCGGCCAUCGUGGUGACACCGGGUCCAGAUGACGUCCUCUCCCGGGCUCCCGAGGGCUGUAUUGCGGUGCACGUUCUCUCGGUGUCCAUGGGGCUCCGCUUCCCCCUGCACCCUUUCCUCCGGGAGUACCUCCGGUUCGUGGGUCUGGUCCCCUGCCAGCUGACCCCGAACAGCCAUUCCUACAUUACUGGCUUCCUCCAGCUCUGCAAGUCCCGGGGGGUGACGCCUAGCCUGGACCUCUUCUUCCAGAGCUUCAAUCUGUGCUGGGGGGCAUGCGAAUGUCGAGGGCUUCACAAACUUGCAGCAGGUGGCAAUGUUCAAGCUCUUCACUGAGGCGCCCUCCUCGAACAAAAGGGUGGAAGGACCGGUGGUGCUACGUGAAGCUGACCGAGAGCCCCUUCCAGAGGGAGUUGCGUGACCGUUUCAGGAGGCACGAGAAGAGGAGGAGCGCCGCCCUCGAGAAAGACAGCCGGAUUCUGGCCAUGAUCCCGGAGGGCCGGGACAAGAAUAUUACCAUUAAGGAGUGCACCAAAGAGGGAGAUCUCUACACCCUCGGGUUCCGGCGGUAUCGCUUCCUGGGGGAGACAGAUGAGAAGUUCCCGGUGUUUGAGGGAGCCUCCGGAGGUGUCAAUAUGGAUCUCAAUGCCUUCGCCAACCUCAAAAAGCAGAAGGUGAAGGUCCCGGGCCAGAAGGAGCCCGUCAAGCAGAAGCCCCUCGGGGAGAUGAAGAAGGGCGGUGAGCCCUCGGGGGAGGCCGCAAAGCGGAAGGCUGCCGGCAAGGCCCCAAUCCCCGAGGGGAAGAAGCAGAAAAAGGGGGACGCCGGGAAGAAGGCUCCCCUGGUGGUGGUGGUGGACGAGCAUUCCGCCUCCGAGCCCAGUGCUCCGACUGCUCCUUGCCCGCCCUCGGGUAAAGGUGGCGAGGUAAGCUUGCCUCGGGAGGACAUACAGUUCUCCCUGCCGAAGGGGUCUGCCAUUACGCAUGGCAUAGUGGACCCCCGGGAAUUUCUGGGCGGGGCUACACCCGCUCUGGACAGGCGGGCCCUCGGGAAGCUGGAUGAUGAAGCCCUGGAGUCCAAAAUCCUCCGGUCCUCUCUUACCGCUUGCAUAGCCCUCGGCGAACACGCCAGGAGGUUCGACGAGUGGCGCCUCCAGAAGGCGCAACAGGAGGAGUCCCUCAAGAAGCUUAUUCACGAUAAUGCCGAGGCCAUGAGGCAGAUGGCUCAACUGGAGAGGGACCUCCAGCAGGCGAGGGCGGAAGCAGAGAGAGCGGCCAAGGAGAGGGUGGAGAUGGAGAAGGCGGCUGCCGAGGCUGCGAAGAAGGCCCUUGAAGACGCCGAGGCCGCAAAAGCAGAGGCCGCCGCUGCUGCAGUCGCUGCCUUCAUGACCGAGGGCUGGAAGGCCGAAGGCCAUAAAGACUAGGUGGCCUCGGUCAUGGAGAGUUCUGCCGACGGGUGGGUGAAGGGUCUCGGGGCGAUGUGGCUAGCCCGAAAGGGUGAAGAUUACUAUGCCGGGGGGGAGUUCUUCACCCAGGCCCUAAUCUACAGGAGGCUCGCCCGGCACCUAAAAAUAGAGCCAACGGCCUUCGACCCGACGACAUACGGUCUCCCCCUCCCUCCAGCCUGAUAUCAGAGUCCCCCUUCCCGAGGGCGUCGAGAGGCCGGAACUGGAAGAUUCAGAACUCCUGAAAGAGGCUGAGGGCGAUGAGGCAGAGGCUGAUGCGGAGGUCAUCUCGAAGCCUGCGGAAGAGGCUGCCCCCGGUGUUGACAAUAUGUGAUAUGUACUUGUAGUGUUUUGAAUACCUUUGCUUUUUGUUUGUAAUGAAUAUUCGUUUACUCUCGGCCUCGGCCAUAUUGUAACAUAUAUACUUUAACUCCUCCCUGAAUGCAUGAAUGUUGGCCUUCGGGCAUUUUGUAUAGUUCGUUUCCUCCGAGUGUUUUUCCUUGAAUGUAUGCCUUCGUCUCGUUUUGAAUGUA